AUGGAACCUAAUGUGUGCACUGAAGGCAAACCCAAGCAACAAAGCUCUCAACAUAGUGGCGUGCAAUACACUGAUGACCAGGAACAGCAAUCUACGCCUCGGGCAAGUGACUAUAUGAACGACUUGCAAACUGAACCCCUUGCAUCAAAGGAGUCACGUCGUCUAUCAUCACUUCGAAAGAUUGCGCGUUCGUGGACGGUGCUCCGUUAUCAGCUGGCACGCAACUUGUUUUCUGUGUCGCUUCCACUCCUAACGUCGAGAUAUGACAUCAAGCUUGGAGACCUCUUGAUCACGAUACCGAUCUGUGUGAUCUAUAUCGUCACCACUGCAAUCAUGGCAAUUCCCGAUCGUAAAGUGGAAAGCACGGGGAACCCUCCCACUUAUGGUCUUUUGAUCGUCUUCCUCCUCACGGUCCGCAAUAACUCCCCUCUCCUUCUGUUGACUGGCAUCUCCUACGAGCGUGCACUGUUUUACCACAAAUUAUCGGCCCUCACAACGAUUAUUCUCUCGGGUCUGCACGGUCUUUCCUACAUUCUCGCUCACAACAAAAGGGAGAUUGCUGAUCAGGUUAACAUGGUCAUUACAGGUACCAUCGCAUUUGCCGCAAUGAUGUUAAUGUUUGGAUUAUCGCUGAAUUACGUACGACGCCAUUUUUUCGAUUUUUUUCUUCGCUCACACUACAUUCUCUUCAUAGUCGUGGCGGUCUUUGCUGUUAUUCACGGUGCUUCGACGGCCCUUAUUGGAAUAAUACCUUGGAUACUUGACAUGGCGUUCCGUCACGCUUACCGUCCUCGCGUCUAUGCUCGCGGUUUUGUUUUUCAAAUGAAAGGAUCACUUUUGAAGAGCCCUGUUGACGAUAUCGCUGGCAAGUGUUUGGGCAUCAUCGCUCGCGACCAAGUUAGCAUGACAGCUCUUCCCGGUAAAGUAAUUCGGAUCCAGUUCCCACGCGUACGUAAGGAUACUGGUGAAGUGUUCAAUUACGUCGCGGGUCAGUAUGUUUUCCUCUGCAUUCCUACGAUCUCGAGUCUUCAGUGGCAUCCAUUUACAAUCUCAUCGUCUCCGCAUGAGUCGAUGGUAACUUUUCAUAUAAGAGCAGAAGGUGAUUGGACCUCCGCUCUUCAAUCUCUCGUUGCUGCUUCAUAUACCACUGGUGUGUCUUCGCCUGUCGACAUCCUGGUUGAUGGUCCAUAUGGAAACAUCUGUAUUGAUCUCGAGACUCGAUCUACAUACUCGCAUUUUGCUCUAUUUGCUGGUGGUAUUGGAGUCACUCCCAUGCGUUCGAUUGUAAAUCAGCUGCACCACGAGGCUCAAGAGGAAGGUCGUGCUAAUAUUGAACGUGUCCACUUCGUCUGGUCUGUUCAUGAACAGGAUUUGGUUCAGAGCUUUGUGAUUGAUGAUCACUAUUCUAAUGAACACAAGGGUGAAAGUUACUUUCCGAGUGGUAUCAUCAACUCCCACAAUGCUGUCUUUUCGACUGACAUCUAUAUUUCUCGAACCGCUCGCACGGAGCACGACGUGGAAUCGUCAAGUUUAGACCGAUAUUUGGAAGGUACGAUCCGGUAUGGUACGCGUCCCGAUAUCGCUGCUUCGUUGCGAUUGAUUGGCGAGCUAGCAAAGCAGAAUGGAAAGAAACGAAUUGCUGUACUUGUCUGUGGUCCACAGAGCAUGGUACGUGACGUGAUUGACAAGAGUUUCAUGCUUUCGCAUGAGAUGAAGGUUCGCUUUGACGUUCACAGUGAAGUCUUCGAAUUAUAG